AUGUCCUCUCGAAAGAUCAGAUGUCUAUUAGCUCACCCAGAACGUACAUCUACGGACAUUCGCCUUCUCUCGCAAGUGGAGCUCAACAUCAUCCGCACGGAAGCCUAUACAAAGAUCAUGGGCCGGAAUAAUGACUUUAUGGGUCAACACAGCGAAGAUCAACUCCGGAAUACGGUAGAUGAGGCUUGUGUUGAGCUGUCACUGUGGCUCGAUGAAUGGACCAACAUUGCUCUGACCGAACCAGCGCCACAUCAACGGACUCUUGCGUUGCAGAACUUGUGUAUUCAGCAAGCCUGGGCUACCAUGACUAUGUACUUGAAGGCGGUAGGCUCUUCAGGGGUCGAGAACAUUGCGAUCAUGACCGACUUUCAGCGCGACUUUAUACGCAAAGCCAAGGAGGCAGCGAAUCGACACCUCCACUACAUGCUUCAGUCAUCGUCAACACCAACUUCAUCGCCGGUGUCUCACGCCUCGACCUCUGGAUCAACGUACCUCAGUACCUUUCGCUGGACACUCGAUUAUGUCUGGGCCAAGUGCGCCGUCUCAGUCUUGCUGGUCCUCAAGUUAGCGAUUCUCCUCCGCGACCCGGUACCUUCGGUCAUGGCGCUGCUCAGCGAUGCGCAUCGCGUACUGGAAGAGCUAAAGACUGUUACCGUGGGCCACAUCGCAUACUUUCAGAUCUUGCAAACCAGCAUCGAGAAGUGUGAAGCUGCUCUUCGAGAGUAUGCUGCGGAACAAAUACCCGACCAGGACUCUUCGAUGGCGGGAGCGAGAAGCAGUGUAGCUGAAGACGAGUUCCAGGGCUACGUUCCCAGCGAGUUCGUCUUCGAGUGGGGUAAGUUUGGACUGCAGACACGCUUGUGA